UUAAUUUUCCCUGUAGCGCCUGUAAUGCAGUGGCAUAUCAGCUGAAUCAAGCUUAUUUUCUCUGAGCUUUAAUGUACCGGCAAUGAAUCGCACAACAUCUACCGAGGUCUGUGACCCGGUAUUUGGUGGUUGUAAAACCUUGUUUUUUGCUUAUAAAAAAAAGCUCGAAUAUCGACAUAAACCAAUAAUCGUUAAACUUACCUGAGAAAAAAUGAAAUAUAAUCUAUUUCUCUACGUUCAAUUAGGAUAGUUAUUGGGAUUGUUGCGGCAUUACAUAGUAUAUAGGGGCUACCGGCAAACAGUUUUUCCAAUAUUGUGUCAUAAAUUAUGUUUAUAUGGAUGUCAAUAUACUAGGAUGUAAUUCAACUUGUUUUCGCAAUGGUACUGUCUUCAAUGGGCAAAAUCGUGUCUGUGGGUAAUUUAGCUACAUAUGUAGAUGUAAUUACUGCAAUCUUGCUUUUCCUUCUUGAUAAGACAUUUCCCUCUCCACCCCUGGGUCUGUGUUUAAUUUUUUACGGAACAUUUUGCUAAUUAAAUUUUAAAAGUGACUGUAGUUUUUUUUUUGGUAUUUAAGAGGGAAAAAAACUACUCAGUAUGUGAUCUGAGUUCUGGUGUCGGGGACUUGUUCUUACUAGUGUCUCUCAACUAACGUUUGUCAAUAUUUUAAGUAAAUAGCAGGAGCAGAGCGCUAGUUUAGUAGAAUCAGGUGAAAAACGACGUUAAAUCCGGACGUGAUCGGCGCUUGCCCUCGGAAUGACUUCGAUCAUUAAUGUUUAGCCGAAUUGCAUGCGGAUUCCCUGAGCUUAAUGCGGGCUUAGUUUUAAUUUACAUUGACUAGUGAAUCACCUUACAUGACGACAUGUGGAUUGAAUGGGGCUGGGGCCGGAGACCUGCCAUCGCUGUACAUGUACCCGCUUUUAUACUUAAACGGAUUAGUCGCACCGGUCUGGGAUCGGGUAACCUGUUACCACGCAGAUGUGACUGCCGCCCCGGUCCUCUAGCGCGCCCUCUACCCCGCUUUCUGCUCCCAUGGACCUGCGAGUGAGCCAGAGAUCAGGCCGUUCCGGCUCCAUUCCCACUACCAUCAACCAGCAGCCUGUCUACUUAGACCACUUCCCGCUUCAGCCGUGCGGCUGGGUCUCCAAGCAGCAGCUGCAGCGGCAUGUCCGGUUCAACAGGGAUCCAUGUGAGGAGGAAGACAAGGAGAAACCAGUACAGCAACUGCGGAACAAGGCCAAGAGCCAGCAGAGUGCCAUAGCUAGUUCUGCGGUAAAGAAAAAACUCCAAGAAGUGAUUCUGAAGAAACGGCAACAGGCUGCCCAGGAACGGAUUAGGUCCAGCCCCGCCAGCAGCUCCCUGGGGAGAUGUCGGGAGCUGCCGCUUGAGUCUGACGCUGCCCCGGAGCCCUUCCUGCUGAGCCCGCCUGCACAGCCCCCCAGCGAGACCCCCAAACAUCCACUGCUAAGAAGGACAGCUUCGGAGCCCAGUCUGAAGUUCAGGCCGAAGAAGCACCUGGCCAGGAUGAGCCCGCUGGCCCGGAAGGAGAGCACCCCAGGCCCUGCCAAGCAUGCCACUUCUGAACCUCUCGACUCUUCUGCAAGCAGCAGUAGCACGCCUGCUUCUGGCUCCAGCUCUCCCAAUGACAGCCUGGCUCCCGACAACGGCGUGCUGCCCCCUACUGUCUCACUCGCUCAUGAGGACGAUGCUUCAUCCCAUUUCAGAGUCCACACCCCGUGCACCAUGCCCACCAUCUCUCUGGGGCGACCAGCUAACUCGAAGAGUGACCGCACAACCAUGUUGCCCGGAGCCCCGCAGGUGUAUGUCCCGCUGGGUCUGGAGGAGAUCCCUGUCCAGACAUCGUCUCGGCUCCAGCCGAUGGUCAUCUUGGAGCCAUCCGGCUUGCUCCGCACUCAGCUGCUCACGGUGCAUGGCCCUGUCCCCUGCCUGGCUGACGUGCCCCUGCAGUUCAGCUCCCAAGCAGAGUUCCUGGUGCCACAGGGCCAGCACAAGCUUCUGAGCCGGACCCGGUCGGAACCAUUGCCUCAGAGUCCACAGUCCGUGCACACACAGCUGCUGCAGGCACACCUGAGCAAGGUGACACUGCCCCACCACCGCCUUUGCCACCAUACACUGUUGGGAACAUACUACCACCUGAGCAAGCUGAUGUGGAAGUCGAGUGAGAAACCUCGUCUGGGGCAGAUCCCAUCAGAGGAGAUGGACUCGGAGGAGGCGGGGCAGGAGCGUGGGGACGCCUCCCAGGGACGGCCGCGCAUGGACCUGCUGCGUGAGGCGGAGCUGGCAUCGGGAGGCGAGAGGCGCAGCAACCUGCAGCAGAAACCCCUGCUUAGCCAGUCGUUGCUAUGGGAGCAGCUGAGACUGCAUUCACAGAGGCAGGCAGUCCAUCUGGAGGCCGGGCCCAUUCCCAUGGUGCUCCGGGGCACCCACCGCACCUUGUCCCGCACCCAGUCUUCGCCGGCUUCCACCUCUCUCUCGCUGCCAGAUAAGGCCCUCUCUCUGCCAACUCCAGAGAACCCCAGCAAGCCGCGCUUCACUACAGGUCUCAUGUAUGACUCCCAAAUGCUGAAGCACCAGUGUAACUGCGGGGACAACAGCAGCCACCCAGAGCAUGCUGGGAGAAUCCAGAGCAUCCUAUCACGGCUGCAGGAGCGCGGACUGCGGAAUCAGUGCGAGAUCAUCCAGGGGAAGAAAGCCAGUCUGGAGGAGCUGCAGUUGGUUCACUCUGAGAAGCACGUGCUGCUGUACGGAACCAACCCGCUGAACCGCCUGAAGCUGGACCCCCGCAAGCUGAGUGGAAUCCUGUCUGAGAGGAUGUUUGUCAUGCUGCCAUGUGGGGGCGUUGGGGUGGACAACGACACAAUCUGGAAUGAGAUGUACACAUCGACAGCAUCUCGUGUGGCUGCAGGAGGUGUAACAGAGUUGGCCUUCAAGGUGGCAACGGGCGAGUUAAAGAAUGGCUUUGCGGUGGUGAGACCCCCCGGACAUCAUGCUACCCACUCAGCCCCCAUGGGCUUCUGCUUCUUCAACUCCGUGGCGAUCGCUGCCAAGCAACUGCAACACAAGCUGAACGCCAGCAAGAUCCUCAUUGUAGACUGGGAUGUUCACCAUGGAAACGGUACCCAGGAGACGUUCUACAGUGACCCCAGCGUGCUCUUCAUCUCCUUGCAUCGAUAUGAUGACGGCAACUUCUUCCCAGGCAGCGGGGGUCCUACUGAGGUGGGCUCAGGCACAGGUGAAGGCUUCAACGUCAAUGUGGCGUGGACGGGUGGCCUGGACCCCCCCAUGGGAGACGCGGAGUACCUAGCUGCAUUCAGGACCGUAGUGAUGCCAAUCGCUCGAGAGUUCUCCCCGGACGUGGUUUUGGUGUCGUCCGGGUUUGACGCUGCCACGGGACACCCUCCGCCUCUGGGGGGCUACAAGGUUUCUGCCAGAUGUUUUGGCUACAUGACACAGCAGCUGAUGGAACUGGCCGGAGGUCGGGUGGUCCUCGCCCUCGAAGGGGGUUACGAUCUCACGGCCAUCUGCGAUGCUUCUGAGGCUUGUGUCAGCGCCCUGUUGGGCAUCGAGAUGGAGCCACUCCCAGAGGAGACACUGCAGCAGAAACCCAAUGUGAAUGCAGUGCGCUCACUGCAAAGGGUGUUGCUGGUUCACGGAGAGUACUGGCCCUCGGUGAAGCACACCGUCCACACGGUGGACCUGUCCUUCCGGCAGGCCCAACGGCAUGAGCAUGAGGAAAAUGAUACAGUUACCGCUCUGGCCUCGUUGUCAGUGGGAGUCCUUCACAACAAGAGCAGGACCCAUGAGGAGCCCAUGGACCACAAUGAUGAGUCCUUCUGAAGUCCUUCCAGUGGAGCUCCGGGCCCACAGUGGCUUAAUGCUGUGACCUUCUGGCUUUGGUACAGCUCAGCGACCCAGAGUCUCUAGCCAAGGGCAACCAUUCCGGUGCUUCAGACUCCCACUCCCUCCGUAUGAAACAGCUGUCUAGGUCGGCUUCUGGGAACGGUGACCUUCCAGACAGGAGCUGAGCCCUUUGGAAAAGCACAUCAUCCUGGUAGAUUUGGGGGAAGUUGAACAAAUGGAGGAGACACCAUCCCCGGAGCUCAGAGGGCCGACACCAGUCUCCGCUUGGGAGACUGUUUUCAGGCAGUGUCAUUUAUAUUCAUGUGACUUAACCACUAACCAUGGAAGGGAAGGAAAUGAGUCAGCUGAAGGUGGUUUUGUGACUUUUGCACUGUGCAUUCCAUAAUGUGAACCGUGAAAUGCUGUCCUCAAAUGCAAAGUUCACCUAACCCUUCAUAGGACACUUUCAGAAAGCGGACACCACUUAUUACCCUUAUUACGGCUUUUAUGCACAGACUGUAUUAGGUUUGUGUAAACUGAUAGAUGUGUGUGUUUGUAUAUAUGCACUAAUUGCAGUGGGUUGUACUUUGGGUAAGAAUGGUGCGAUGACAGAGUUUUCAGAUGUCCACCGUGGGCCGGCAUUCUCGUCGACGUGCCUUGAUGGGGCACUGUAGCCUUGCGCAACUGGGCUGUUAUUGAGGGUCCAAAAUAACCACACAGGAUUCCCCAUGUCACAGACCCAAAAUCAGACAAACCUAAACAAAACCUCUGUAACACAGACUAGCAUACAUCGGCUUAAAUUGUAAGACAAUAAUGUUUUGUCUGCCUUAAACUGUGUGUUGUUUUUCAGAUAUAGGCUCAAGAGUAGUUAACUUAAUGUCUUAAUAUUCAAUUUUUUAUUUGACUGCAUGUACAGUUUGGCCUCAGCAUCUUCUCUCUUUCCAAAAAAAUCAUUCCGGAUUUCUUAUGGAUAACAACAGGUGGCCCAGUACUUUAACCUGUGGGGGGGGAAAACGACGUACCUACUGUGGAUUGUAUAUUGUCUAUUUCUUGAUAUUUUGAGGAAAAUUAGACCGAUGGGGUUGUUUCGUGAAAGAAACGUUUCUUUUGGAUCGACACGCAAUUCGACUUUUCUCGAGUCGCGUGAACUUGGUCUUCGAAGUUCCUUUGAGUGCAAAACGUACCACACCUGCUGUACAUGUCUCUGUAUUUCCUAUGAAAUAGGGACCAGAAGGCUUUCCCCCCAUAAUUCUGCAAAUUCAUUCCCAACCAUACAAAAUAACCCCCAUAAGCACAUUUAUUUAGCAAAACUCUUUCUUUAUUGAAAACAAUAAACAUCUGAAGAAACUUCGACUCCUUUGAAGAAAUGUAGCUACACUUUAAUGUUUUACUUAAAAUGCCUGUUACCUGGUGCCUUGUGUUCAUCCUCUAUGCUGAUAGUCUUCUAACACUCGACAAGCCGUUAUUAGAGUGAGACCAAAGAUUAGAGACGUCCAAGCAGACUUUGAUAGCAGCAGUAGGCAGCAGCGACCUCAGCUCACAUAUCUGAGUUGCCAAUGAUAUGUUAUCGUCUUUUGUACUCUGACAAAUCGUAGUUAAACACCACUUAAAGCAAAUGACCAGUUGAACUGUACAGGUUCGGAUUCGGAUGGACUACGCUUGACAUCUUCUGUCUCUGCCCCCUAUCUCCCUGCUUACAUUUGCAUUUAUUUAUUUUCUUUUUUUUUUUGUCAAAAGUAACAUUCGUGUGAGACUUGCAUGUCGCUCGCACUGGAACAGUGUUGAAGUUACAGGACGGGCAAAUUUCAGCAUCCAUGGCUCGUACACUGAGCACAGCACUAGAAAUGGUGAUGAGGGAGGUGAUGAGGGAGGUGAUGAGGGAGGUGAUGAGGGAACGGAGAUCUGAUGUCUCUUUGCAGGCUCCUUGUCAGUCUGCGAUCCCCAUGGAAAAAUUGUGAGUUGGUGCAUCUUAUUUACCUCUGAGGACAGGGGCUCCGUUUCAUCCUGGGUAACUCAGAUUACCUGUGUGUAAGACUCUGGGUAGGUCCUGCAUUAAACGCCAUUGUAAAAUAGAUGAGUAGUAAAAUUAAGUCAUUUGAGUCAUAAAAAUGGAAAAUUUCACUGAGAAGCAGGGGAAACUGAUGCAUCUGAAUUUUUUUCUCCUUUUUUAAAAGGGUUCUUGCUGGUAAUUGGACCACAUGUGUUAAAUCCGCAUUUCCAGUGUAGUCCUCGUAAGGCGCCGAGCUGGAUUUCCUAAAUUACAGUUUUUAUUACCUGCGCUGUAAAUAGCUGUCAAGACCAAAACCUGUGUGCCUUGAAAUGUCAGUUUCACAUCUAUGUAGAAAAAAUGUCAAUGUGUGAACUAGAUGUUGCAGGACGUUUUUGUUCAUACCUGUGUGUCUGGAUGUGUACAGAUAUGACUCUAUUUUGUACGUUUCUCCGUUUCUUUAUUAAAAGGGACAAUACAUUCUUG